AUGUCUAAUUUUCUUCUGCAAAAUGCAGGAAUCAGUGCGUUCUUCGAAGACGACGACGACUUCUUUGGAGAAGACACUGCAAUGUGCAGCGAGGUGGACGACGAGGACCUUCCCCUUACUAAUUACCUUCUUAAAUUCGAUGUUGGCGAAGAAGAACCAUGGGAUUCUACAGAAGAUUUGAGCGUGGGAGGAGAAAGCGUCGAUGAACGAGACAUUUUUGGGCUUGGUUGUGAGGUGGUAGACGAUGACGGGGUGUCUUUUACUUUUGAGAGUGGACACUGGAAUGAAGACGCUCCUGAUAGAGCAGAAUUGGUUGAAAAGGAACUUUGUCGAGCUAAAAAUAAAGGCAAUUAUGGAAAGGAAGAAUCGGUUAAAAGUAGUGUUAUUGUUGACUUAAAUAACCAAAAGCAGACAACCACCUUGGAUCCUAAGAACGUUGUCGAAGCUGCAUGUGUAGUUCAUUCCAAAUUAAAAGCAACAAAUGUUUCCUUCGCUGAAGACACUUUUGAACCCGGUUCCCCUAACCCAGAGGAUUUGGAAACUGAUGUGUUGGACCAUGUUGGGGAAGUUUUUGGUUUGGAGAAUGAAGUCUCUCCUGAUAAAGUAGAAGUUGAAAUGAGUCAAGCUAAGAAGAAAGGCAAUGGCUUAAGCAUCCAAAAAAAGAAAAAAACCUCAGAUCCUAAGAACGGUAUAAAAGCUGCAUAUACAGUUCAUUCCAAUGAAAAAGUAACAAAUGUUUCAUUAGAGAGAAGUAAGAAUGGGCCUCUGAAAACAACCAUAAAGACUCAAGCAGAGAAAGCGAAAGAACAGCGUCAAAGGAAAAAGAAGUUUGUUCAAGAACUCCAGGAUACCAUUGAGGAACUAAAGCAAGAAAAGGCUGGCUUGCAACAAGUCAAUACUCAACUGAAUGACAAAAUUGGAAGCUUACAAGAAGAAAUCAACUACUUGAAAGGAGUGAUCGCAAAUCAAAGUGAAUUAGCCAAAAUUUUGAGGACUGUUGCUAACAUUCCAGGGAUUUCAAUCAACUGCAGUGUUUUAAAGAAUGACCAGGGUGAAAUGGGUAAAAAUAACAAACAGAAAUGUGUUCCUGCUGGUAAGAAGGGUGUAAAUUUAAGUGAUGAAAAUACCAAAAAGAGGAGGAUGGAUAUAGAGGUAAAUGGUGAGCUGGAGAAUAAUGCUGGAGUGUGUGUUCAUGUUCAAAGUGGUAAAGUAUCGCUUGAGUUUUGUCCAGAAUGCAGUAAGAAGGCAAAGAGCACACCACUAUCCUGA